GAAACUGAGAGAAGUCACGUGACCGGCUUGAGGAGGUUGCAAACAUGGCGGCUGCUCUAACAAGAGUCUCGUCCUUCAGUAGAAAUGUUAAAGUGUUUGUGUCUCCUCUGAAGCUCUCUGCUGUGCCUCUGCAGAAGUACACAGUGGAGGUAUCCAGCACCGGGGAGGCCAUCACACACACCGGGCAGGUGUUCGAUGGAAAAGAUCCUAGAAGAGCGCGUUUCGUUGGAAGACAGAAGGAGGUGAACACAAACUUCGCCAUUAAGUUGGUGGCGGAGGAGCCAGUGACUUACAUCGAGGACCGUGUGGUGUCCUGUGACGGAGGCGGAGGAGCGCUGGGCCACCCUAAAGUCUACAUUAAUCUGGAUAAAGAUACUAAAGUGGGCACCUGUGGAUACUGUGGAUUACAGUUCAAGCAGAAACAUCAUCACUGAAUCUUUUCCUCUCACUUUGUCGUGCUGUAUAACUCGCCAUAUUGCUCAAUAAAUUAAUAUCCCAUGU